UUAUUACCGUAUAUACUGUGUAUUAAAGUGACACACAAAAAUUGUCUCCUGUGUCAAAAAAGAAAAGCAAAUAAAUUUGAAAAAUUGUGAUAAAUUUUAAAUUCGAUCAAAUCCGGAACGUAAACGUCUGACAACAAUAAUACUUUUUUUUUGUAGGGAAAAUCGACUACAAAAGUACCAAUUAAAUUUAAACGGAUUUAAAAGGGUUACAAUUCGUUAUUGUGAAAAUCAAUUAAUUUACAGGGAACUGUAAGAAGCAACUAAAUGGAUAUGAAUUUUGCUGAUUUGAAAAAGGAAGCAGCUGCUACCGCUGCGGAUGUUUUUUCUCCUACCGCUGAAGCUGCAAAGAAAGCAACAAAUGACACAUAUGACUUGCUAGGUGGUAGUGGUUGUCGCGCAUCAACGAGCGCACGAGAUGACAACACGCACACGGAACACUACUUUGAAAAUGAGCAGAGGGGUAUUGAUUUUGAACACGUCGAUCCACAAUCUUUCGUACAACUUAUGUCUGCUGGUGCAAAAGAGGCACAGGUGCAGUUGGAUGCCAAGUUCGCACAACGUAAUGAUUUCGACGACUUCUUUUCCAAUGCAUCUAAGGAUUUACAGUCUAUUGGUCAACCGUUGCAACGUGAUUUUAAGCAGAAUGCACAUGAUUUUAUUAAUGCCGAACGUGGGCUCUUUAGGACUCCUGGGGAUAUUGCGGCUCCUAUACCAGCUACAGUUCCACGUGUACACAACCACCCAACUGAGUCAGCUGGCAAGGAAGAAGAUUUAUUAAAUUUCAGUGAUGGCGAUACCACACAACGUGCGCAACCAUUUUUAGAAGAUGUGGGUAAUAAGUUUGCGCCUUCUGCACCAGCAGCGCCUGCAACAACCACAAACACUUUUUAUGACGAUGAUCUAGGUGUAGGAAAAUCAACCCAUUCCGCUUCCAAUAAGGACUCGGAUACAGAUUCUCCGUCUUUGUCUUUUAAUCCAUCACCGGCUAAGAAAAAUCCAGUAAUAGCUGCCCUCAAAGAGCUGGAUAAUGAAAAAUUUAUAUCAUCUGAAGAUCUACUGGGGGAUUUCAAAGAAGAGCGUACGGCAACACCUCACUUCCACACUACUGGGAAUACAGCUAAAUCUGAAACUAUAACGCUGGUACAGCUACCGAAAACUUCGGUACCCGUCACUGAUUUAGAUGCAGAAGUGGAGCCUGGGUUUCCUUCUUCACAAGUCGAAGAAGUCAAAAAUUAUGUGUUGUCGAAGGCUACAACCGCGACAGGUACGAAAACAGCCGAUGAAGCUGCCAUUGCAGCUGCAACCAAGCCAGCCGCUGUUACUGAGCCCGCUGGUUCCACCUUAGCCAAAACAUCUUCGAUCUCGCCUAAAAAAGAUACAACUGAAGCAGUCAAAACCAGAAUAGCGUUGCCAGUUCCUACAAAGGAAAACAAACUCUCGCAUCAACAUUUGGAUCAACCCAAGAUUGUUUCUGUAGAAGAAAUUUUCUACAAAUAUGGAUUGGAUGCCUGGUUCAAGCCGGAACGCUUACAUCCACGAGUGGAGUCCCUCAUUUAUUGGAGAGAUGUUAAGAAAUCUGGUAUUUUCUUUGGUGCUGGACUUGUCACACUGCUCGCUAUAUCAUGCUUCUCCGUCAUUAGCGUUUUCGCCUACCUGUCACUACUGACAUUAGCUGGCACAGUGUCGUUCAGGAUCUAUAAAUCAGUGAUGCAGGCCAUACAGAAGACCCCCGAGGGUCAUCCCUUCAAAGAAUACCUCGACAUCGAUUUGACUCUGCCGCAAGAGAAGGUUCAAAAUAUCGCAGGCAUUGCUGUAGCACAUGUGAAUGGAUUUGUUGCAGAAUUACGACGAUUGUUUUUGGUGGAAGAUUUGAUUGACUCAAUUAAGUUUGGUGUUAUUCUGUGGGUCUUGACUUACAUUGGCGGUUGGUUCAAUGGUAUGACAUUGGUCAUCUUAGCCUUCGUCUCUUUAUUUACCUUGCCAAAGGUGUACGAAAACAACAAGCAAUCAAUUGACACAUACUUGGAUUUGGCUCGAAGCAAAUUGACAGAAUUCACAGAAAAAAUCAAGGCCGCCAUUCCGAUUGGCCAGAAGCCAACCAUCGCCGAAUCCGACAAGGACAAGUAAAUGACUUAAUUAUUCAAAAUAUUAACAACAGCAAUUUAAUAUUAUCAUUGCAAUUAUUAAAACUUAAGAAAAACCAACUAAAGACCUUAAUUAAAAGGCGUAUACACUCUUUCUCACACAUAAACUUAAACUAUAUACAUAUGACCUUCAGGAUGGUAGAUAAUGAAAUAAUUGAGAGUGUUUAUAAAAAAUAACUAACAAAUAACAACAACCAAUAUUAGAAAGCGAGAAGAAACCCAAUCAUAAAAAAUUCACGGUUUAAAUGAUAAAUUUAAUUAGAUAACAGAAACAAACUAUAAAUUUCACGCAUAGCAAACUUGCAAGAGAAUGUGAAGAAGACCUAACCUCCUAUGUUCCAUUCUUCUAAUGGGAAAUCAUUAUUUUUAUUUGUACUGAAUUGAAUUUACAGCGUGGGUAAAAUUUCGUUUUUAUUUGCUAAUGAUUUAUUAUAUUUAUUAUGUAUAAUAACUACCACAUAAUUGUAACUACAUAAAUACAUACAAUGCUAUAUUCGGAAAACUACUUGUUAUAUUCUCAAUAGUGUUUUAUGAGUACACUUAUUCUUGUUUGAUUGUAUGUAAUGUUUUUAAAAUUAUAUAUUUUAUAUACAUAUAAACUGUUAAAUGCAAGUAAAAGCCACACUAUAUUUCCUACGUAUGUAUAUGUUUGCAUAUUAAUCAACAACGCCUACUAAUUUAACAAAAUGAUAAUAAACUGUUUUCGGUUAUGUGUAGUUUUAAACGUGAAUAUAUUUGUACUUCUCAAAUCCUUGCCUACGAGCUAAGAUUUCGCCGAACAAGUCACAAAAAUCUGUAAAAGAUCCGCUAGCGUAAAAUUUAUGAUACGUGCAAACGGGCUCAAAGCGAUUGUUUUCUACAUUAGAUCUAUGAAAAAAAUUCAACAAAAAGAAAGCACAUACUACAUACUGAUGAUAAUGUUAUAAUACUAUUACUCAAAGAAGUAAUAACUUAGAAUUUAAUGAAUUCAAAUGAGUAUCUAAUAAAAACAAUAUCUCCAAAGUCCAA